GCGUCCUCAUCAUUACCUCAGCAGCCCUUUCCAUACCUCGACGACACCUGCAUCCUAUGGUGCACCCCCUCCGACACCGCAAACAUCAAACAAUGGCUGGCAAACCAAGAUGCACUCUUCUUCGGCUCCUUCCUCAACGAGUGUGCCAAAACCAUCGACCUCUCGGGCGAUCAUUGGAGAAGCAAGGACGCCGGCGGUCUGACCAGAGAGCAAUCUGCCGUUUACAAGUGCCUGCGCGCAAGACCCAUCAAUGUUGAGGCACUGGUUGCCAUCAUGCAGUCGUAUGCCGAGGGCAAGUUUCGCCGUGGUGUCACAAAGAAGGGAGUCGUGGACUUGAGCAACGGUGAUGUUGACGAACAAACCUACAACGCAGCCCAACUCACCCUCUACAACAAAGUCUUCACCGUCGGCGAACGCGAGAACCACCGUAAACAACGCGAACUCGAUGCCGGUCUCACUCCCCUCCAACGUCCUCACCCUGGCUUGGAAAAGGUGCGCCGUAAGCGUCAGGCAUGCACCGAGCGCAGAAAGAAGAGAAAGUUCGGAGACAAGAGUGGAGAAGGAGAAGACGGUGACGGUGAUGGCGAAGAGGAAGAAUCUCUGAACACAAUGAGAAAGAUGAAGAAGGGAUUGCCCACCUACACAUUCGCGGAUGAGGAGACAAAGAUAGAAGGAAAGAGUCAUGGAAAGCUCGUUGUCACUGGAAAGGGCAAGGGGAAAAUGGAG